AUGGAUAUUCCGGCUGCUAAAAUUGAAGACAUGGAGCUUCCUGACGACGGUUUGUCUGCAAACAAAUUAUUCACAGCAGGUGAGGGACUCACCUACAAUGAUUUUAUUAUUCUGCCCGGGUACAUCGACUUCGUCGCUGAUCAAGUCGAACUGGUGUCUCCGUUGACGAAAAAGAUUGGCUUGAAGGUUCCGCUGGUCUCAUCACCGAUGGACACCGUCACCGAGUCGGACAUGGCUAUCGCGAUGGCACUCUCUGGAGGCAUUGAUCCAGUAGUUCUCUCGCCAAAUGACACGGUGCGAGACGUGUUGAAUGUAAAAGCGGAGCACGGAUUUUGCGGAAUACCAAUAACAGAAAACGGUAAAAUAGGAGGCAAGCUGGUAGGAAUCGUGACAUCAAGGGACAUCGAUUUCUUGGAGGACUCAUCUAGCCCUGAGAAAACAAAGCUAGAGUCUGUAAUGACCAAAUCGCAAGACUUGAUCACCGCCAAGUUGGGAGUGACAUUGCCGGAGGCUAAUUACAUUCUAGAGAAGUCUAAAAAGGGUAAACUGCCUAUAGUGAAUGACAAAGGCGAGCUGGUGUCCCUGAUGGCUCGGACGGACUUGAAGAAGAACAGAAGCUACCCAAUAGCCAGCAAGGACGAGAACAAACAGCUGUUGGUCGGCGCAGCCAUCGGAACGCGAGAGACUGACAAAGAGCGUCUCAAAUUACUAGCAUCCGUAGGAGUCGACGUGCUAGUCUUGGACUCUUCUCAAGGAAACUCGAUCUACCAAAUCGAGAUGAUCAAGUUCAUCAAAAAAGAGUACCCGAAAUUGCAGGUGAUUGCGGGGAAUGUAGUAACGACAAUGCAAGCCAGGAAUUUGAUCGAGGCUGGUGCUGACGGACUCCGCGUGGGCAUGGGCUGCGGGUCUAUCUGCAUCACCCAGGAAGUCAUGGCUGUAGGACGGCCUCAGGCUACUGCUGUCUACAAAGUAAGCGAGUACGCGAACAAGUUUGGAGUUCCAGUGAUUGCUGACGGAGGGAUCCAGUCUCUGGGACACAUCAUCAAGGCUCUAAGUCUUGGAGCGAGCACUGUCAUGAUGGGAUCAUUGCUAGCUGGUACUUCUGAGGCCCCCGGCGAGUACUUCUUCAGCGACGGCGUUCGUUUGAAGAAGUACCGUGGCAUGGGAUCUCUGGAAGCGAUGAACAAGAAAGACGCCAAGGGUUCUGCUAUGGAUCGAUACUUCCACAACGAAAUGGACAAGAUGAAAGUCGCCCAGGGCGUCAGCGGGUCGAUCGUUGACAAGGGAAGUGUCCUCAAGUUCUUGCCCUACUUGCAGUGCGGCAUCAAACACGGCUGUCAGGACAUCGGAGCUAGAUCCCUUCUGGCGUUGCGGGAAAUGACCUACAGUGGCAAGCUUAGAUUCGAGCGGAGAUCUCCUUCUGCUCAACAGGAAGGCAAUGUACACAGUCUCUUCUCCUACGAGAAAAGACUCUACUAA